ACUUCCAGCCCCGCGCCUCCGCCCCCCCGCUCCCCACGGCGGAUAAAGCGGCCGGGCCCGGCCUCCCCGCCCCGCACUCGGCGCAUGGCCCGGCUCCGGAAUGAGCGCCGCCACGCACUCCCCGCUGUUCCAAACGGAGGGCAGCUCCGAGCCGCUGCCGCCCGGCUGGGAGAUCAAGGUAGACCCGCAGACGGGCUGGCCUUUCUUCGUGGACCACAACAGCCGAACCACCACCUGGAGCGACCCGCGCCUGCGGAGCGACGCGGCCAAAGAUGGCCAGUCAUCAGCGAACGGCCCAUCUCAAGAUAGUCCCAGGCAGCUGCCAACACGGGAAGGAAACGUGGUUUACCCCAAGCUCCGGGCUGGCUACAUCCCCAUCCCAGUCAUCCACGAGGGCAUCGACAGCAGACAGCACCCAUACUUUGCCGCUCCGCAGCCCGGCGUACAACGGUACAAAGCAGAAGCCGUGCCCACCGCAGCGCAGGCACAGCCGCCACUGAGGGGGGCCUACGCCGGCCACGAGUCCCCUCCAAGGGGACCAGCUGAGGCUUCCCAGGCAGAUAAACAAUGUGGACAGACAACAGCAGCUGCAGCAGCCCCAGCUCCAGCGACACACGGACCUGAGCCUCAAUCUCCUGGAGCUUCUGAUUCUCCAACGGUUUCCCCUCAGUCGUCUGGCAGAUCCAAUUCAGGAAGCCACCAGCUUCCUCGUGGCUAUAUUUCAAUUCCUGUGAUCCAUGAAAAUAUCCAAAGGCAACCACCGCAAGGCUACCAUCAGGCCCAGAAGACACACUACCCUGCCCAGCAGAGCGAAUACCAAGCCCACCAACCAGUAUUUCCCAGAAUUCAACCAGAUGACAGGGAGCCUAAGACAACACGAGCACAGUCUCCAUUCAGAGCCUCUCAGAGAGGUGCAUCAAGCCGUGAAAGUUCACCUGCCAGAGUUACCACCCAGCAGAUACAGCCCCCAACUCCCAACAUAGUAAAGACAGUUAUAGACAGACCUCAGGUUUCUCAGCAACAAGUCCCACCUCAAGAGCCACCAAGACCAUCUCCACCACCUGAAAUCAAAACUGAAACCAAGACAAUCCCACCACCUGAAACUGAGGUGCCUGCAACGUAUAUUCCAAUUCAGGUCACCCACCAAGAACCAGAUUCUAAACUACCACCUCAGAAGCCUCCAGCCAUGGCAGAGAAAGCUGAUAAAAAGGUUCCCUGUUCAGCUAAGCCUGUUCCUCUGCAGGAAAGGCCUGCUCCUGAAGAAACUGUGACACCGAAGACAAUGGAAACAGCAGAACCUCAAAAGCAUCCUGGAGUUUUGAAAGUGGAGGCAAUUCUGGAGAACGUACAAAUGCUUGAGCAGGCAGUCGACUCCUUUGAAGGCAAGAAAACUGACAAAAAGUACUUGAUGAUUGAAGAGUAUUUGACCAAAGAAUUGCUAGCCCUAGACUCGGUGGACCCCGAGGGUCGUGCGGAUGUGCGUCAGGCCAGGAGAGAUGGUGUAAGGAAGGUCCAGAACAUUUUGGAAAGACUUGAACAGAAAGCAGAAGAUGUCCCAGAACCAGCUCAAGUUGAUGGACUUCCGCCAACCUUGCCAGAGCCUAAGCCACCACAGGAAAUCAUGGAGAUUGAACCUGUGGUAGUUAAGAGCAAGGGAGAUACCAGUAAUAAAGAUGCUAAAGAGGAAACCAAAAUGGAAAGACAUCAGCCUGAAACUAAGGAAGAAGUGUUUACCAAUCUGACCACCACAACAAACACAUCCAAUAAUCCAACCGAGCCAUAGCCAUGUGCUGAAACUAAAAUCUCUCAGACUUCGUAACUUAAAGUGUGUUUAAGUGAAUUUUAAGUUGCAUGCAUUUCCAGAGCUCUUUUCAACUGGUUUUUAAUCAACAUAGCAGCUUGGGACGCAGUAAACACUUGUGGGGAAGGAGGGAGUUAGAAAGAAAGUAAUGCAUUUAUCCUUUAUUCUUACACUAUGUAAAGACAUGUUCUCAAAAACAAACUCUGUACAUUAAUCUCUUUUAGAUCUGCUGAGUGGAAAAAAAAAAUAAAAAGAAAAGGAACAACUUUGGGGUUAAUACUGAUGUGUGUUGUUUAGGAUGUAUUCUUCUGCAGGUGAUUUUUGUACGAUCAAAGGCCUGCGUUGUUGGAAUACCAGUCCUUCUUUAAGUGUAGCCACUCAUGUAACAGUAAUGUUUUUAUUUGUAAUGUUCACAGUUGGGCACUUUAAGCAGUGGUGGAUAGAAAGUGUGUAAGAAACUGUAGGGAUAUUUAUAUGUGUGCAGGACUUCAAUGCUAUAUUUUAAGAGGGAAAUAAAAUAAUAUAGAAGCCUAA